UUUUUAUUUAACCGAAACGUUUCAUUUUCCUGCAGCGGAACCGUUUAUUUAUUGUAGCACACGGAACCGGUAGCGUUGGGGACGGAAACUAAAUCUGUAAACAAACGUAACACUCGUUAGCUAGCAACAGCUUUAGACAGUAAACACAUGUGCAAAACGUCUGUGGACUGAGCGCAAACAAGAUGUUUAAAAACACGUUUCAAAGCGGAUUCUUGUCUAUUUUGUACAGCAUUGGCAGCAAACCACUUCAGAUAUGGGAUAAAAAGGUGAGAAACGGACACAUCAAGAGAAUCACAGACAAUGACAUCCACUCGUUGGUGUUGGAGGUUGAGGGGACAAAUGUCAGUACCACAUAUAUAACAUGUCCCGCAGACCCCAAGAAGACAUUGGGCAUCAAGCUGCCAUUUCUUGUCAUGAUCAUCAAAAAUCUCAAGAAGUAUUUCACCUUUGAAGUCCAGGUGUUAGAUGAUAAAAACGUUCGCCGGCGGUUUCGGGCGAGUAACUAUCAGAGCACGACCCGAGUGAAGCCGUUUAUCUGCACCAUGCCCAUGAGGCUGGAUGACGGCUGGAACCAGAUUCAGUUCAACCUAUCGGACUUCACCAGGAGAGCCUACGGGACCAAUUACAUCGAGACACUGCGUGUACAGAUCCACGCCAACUGUCGAAUAAGGAGAGUGUAUUUCUCAGACAGACUGUACUCUGAGGACGAGCUCCCAGCAGAGUUUAAACUCUACCUGCCAGUCCAGAACCAGAAAGCUAAGCAGUAGAGAUUCUCCCUCUGCACUGUUCUCCCAGACCUGAUGUGGAUUUUAGCUGUAAGAUUUAUCUCUAUGUCGACUCACGAGGAACUUUAAAAACUUUGUAAUGUAAUUUUGGAACUUUGAGUUUUGAGUGCCGUCUUGUGUUGCGUUCUGCACAAUAAAGUUUUUUAUGGA